GCAAAGCGGCUCGCGCCCACAAAUGCCAACUACACGCGCGCCCAGAUCCAACCACACUACGGAGUGUUUUCCUUUUUUAAACAUUUUUUACUUUAAUUCCCUUUGAAUGGAGUUUUAUUUCAAAGCAGGAGCUGUUGUUUUUGUUUGCUGACAGCUUAGUCGGCGAGUUGCUGAAGGGAGCCGUCAUUUCUGAUGAAAGUUGGAACAGGGAAGCGGUUUAUAAUCUGCUCAGAUGAUGAGCAGCGCUUGCGGACAAAUUCUGGAGAACUGCGAAAAUCCCUACUGUCAACGGCGGUGUGGCGAGUGUAGAUAAGACCCCUAAUGAGGUGAAAACUCCUCCCCAACCUGCAGUGUUCCUUUCCAGCACCAAAAGCAGGAACAAGGGAUGUCCGAGCCGUUACUCUUCUUGAAAGUGCUCAUAGUGUCCUGCAGCAUCCAGAUGUCUUCUGCUGCUACCAUGGAUAAGCUUAAGGAAAGCUGGAGGCUCUAUAUGGAAGAGUGCAAACGGAACAACAGUCAAGAUCCACCCAGCACUGAGCUCGUGUGCAAUAGAAUGUUCGACAAAUACGUCUGUUGGCCUGAUGGACUCCCCAACACUACUGUCAGCGUGCCAUGCCCGUGGUAUUUGCCGUGGUACCAUAAAGGUAAUAGAAUUCAGCAUGGCAUGGUGUAUCAGGAAUGUGAUGCCAAUGGUAAGUGGGUAACCAUGGAGAACACCAGCGAGUGCGACCCACUUGAUUCAACCCCGCUGUACUAUGGCCACAUUCGGAUCAUGUACACUGUAGGCUAUUCCUUAUCCCUGGUGGCUUUAGUGUUGGCUCUUGGUAUUCUCAUAUUUUUCAGGAAACUGCACUGCAUGAGGAAUAACAUCCAUAUGAACCUUUUUGCCUCCUUCAUCCUCCGAGCCCUGUCCAUACUCAUAAAAGACGCCCUGUUGGAGGCCAACCACACAGCGCAGGACCUCAGCAGAGACCAGGACCAGGGCUUUCCCAGUGCCUCUAUGCCUCCCAUGGAGCUGCUGGUCAGCAAUAUGACAUCUGUCAGCUGUCGAAUCGCCGUGGUGAUGAUGCAGUACAGCAUUAUGGCCAACAGCUACUGGCUGCUGGUGGAAGGCAUCUAUCUUCACAACCUUCUGGUCAUCACUGUGUUUACAGAGAGAAACUACUUUAAAAUCUACCUUUGCAUCGGCUGGGGGACACCAUUAAUUUUCCUGGUUCCAUGGGUGAUCUUGAAAUAUUUAAAUGAAAAUCAAGAGUGCUGGGAACAAAACAUAAGUAUGAAUUACUGGUGGAUCAUUCGAGCCCCGAUACUUCUUGCAGUUGUGAUCAACUUUCUAAUCUUUAUACACAUAAUCAAAAUUCUUGUGUCCAAACUUCGAGCACACCAAAUGAGAUACACGGACUAUAAAUUCAGGUUGGCCAAGUCAACUUUGACCCUGAUUCCAUUGCUGGGAAUCCAUCAGGUGAUCUUCAUCUUUGUCACAGACGAGUCCACUAAAGGCACCAUCAGCUUGCGUCUCACCAAGCUUUUCACCGACCUCUUCUUCUCCUCCUUUCAGGGUCUUCUAGUGGCCAUUUUAUACUGCUUUGUCAACAAAGAAGUCCAGUCUGAGAUCCUUAAGAAGUGGAAGCGUUGGAAGUUGGGGAGGAACAUUGAGGAGGAAUAUCGGCACACCUACAGCAAUACCCCCAAUACAAAGUCUGGCAGCCUGCUGAACCACGUCUCUCGGCUCCCUCAGCUGCCAGACAUCACCAAAUCCUCUGCUCCAGUUUGCAACCCUGAAGAAAGGUGCAUGCUGGUGCCUGGCUUGCAAAACGGUGUGGUAAACUCCAAGUGUGCCUCCCAUACGCGUGAAGGAACCAUCAGCAACUGCACCCUGGUGGAGGAUAUUAGCCUCACAGAAAAGGCGCAGUGUAACGAAAGCCAUCGAGAGAAUGUGGAGAGCCUCCUUUAAAAGACAAAAGGGACGGAGAACUUGAUAAAAGGCUUGGAUGGCUUUCCUUUCGUUUGAGCUUUCGUCCAGCUUUGGCUAAAUGCCCAGGAUGUCCUGAAAAGAACAGUGUUGACUGAAUCACCCGACAGAGCAGACCUUAGCGGUCAGCAUCGCUGGUAUACAGAGCAGCACCCAAACCCCGUAAAAGGACAACAACGUCAGACAUCUGCGCCCAGAUGCCCGAUGUGCCGUGAGUCUCCUCAAUGGAUUGAUGCUUGCUGUUAAAGUAUGUAAAGCUGCUUCUUGUUGAACAAGUAGUCAACAGCAAUUUAAGCCAGAUAAGCCAUUGAAACUAUUAUGAAAAAAAAAAAAAAAAGAAUUAAAAAUUCAAACGAUAAAGCAACAAAUAGCAAGAGAAACAGGGUUCUGGCUUAUGCCUUUAUUUUAUUUUAUGGUACUGACACUUAAAGACAUGACCAAAAGAAGAUUGUAUGAACAGAAAGGAAGCUUUUUUAUGUCGUUCUGGUCUCUGUAAAUAGUUUUCUUGUCUAUACGGACUUAAAUGAAGGUGUUGGCCUCAUACAGUAACGUGUCAUUAUUAAUAGGAAACAGGCAGCUGCUCACCUCAUGGUUUGUAUUAAGCUAAAAUGAUCACUGCUUUAGUUUCUGCUUUGACUACAAACCAAGCUGUAAAUGCAAGGCACACAAAGUGCAUUUUUGAGGUUAAAAAUCCACAGCUGACAUGGCCUGUGAAUCAACCAUGUCAGUCAACCAGAAAUUAAGCUCAGUUUUCUGUUAAAAUGGUGAUUUAAUGAGCUGUAUCUUCAAACCGGGUGAAUCAUUUGCCCAGGUUGCGUGCCAUAGACUGUCAUCACAUCACCAUCCCUUCUUAGAGCAAAUGUUUAAAAAUCUAGCACUUGAACUCAGUCGGUCCGCAGAUGUCGUACAAGAUGCAGACAUAGAAGAAAACUCUGCAGCCUAGCAGUAGAACAAAACUUAAUGUGCUAAAUGGUGGUACAUUUACUGAAAAAGGAGCUGCCUGCAAAGUGUUCAUCAAUCUUUGAAUUCCCUAAAAGAUUUUCCAGAACCAACUGAACUUGAGUUUGUGUUUAUGGCUAUUUGCACAGUGUUAAUUUAUAACUGAUAAAAUGGUGUACAUAUGUGUGUUUAUACAGAUGAUUCUAUUUGAUUGCAGUAAAUAUAUUUCAUACAUGCUAGUUAGCGUGUUUGUGUGGGUGAAUGCGGGUGCACAAACGUUCAGGGUAUGAACGCAUAUGGUUAAAGCAUUCCAGCUUUGUGUUGCAAUAGGAUGGAUUAGCAUUAGGAGUCAGAAAGCGAGGGUGUCAAACAAACCAGUGGAGCUGACUCUAUUCAAGACCUUGAGGUCAGAGGCCAUCAGAGAUCACGUUUGAUCCAGCACACGCUGUGUGGCACCGCCGGCCAUGCAUGAGCUUCUGGCUGCACAAGGAAAAAUGUAUUUUAUCAAAAGGAUUGGAUUUCUCAAAGUUGUGGGGCCAGAUGCAUAAAAGUGUGUUUAGUUUUGUAACUUACACUGCACAGAAUCUGAUGCCGUGCAUGGUUCUGAUUUGAAAAUCUAAAUAGGAAUCAUUAUUGAAUUGGAUGCACCUGUUUGAGGAGCGACUCUCACUCCUUUUGUUUGCUUCAUCAUUUCUUCGAGGUUUGUUCAUAAAAACUUCUGCGGAGCCAGAACAGAAUAUGCAUAGGAACAAAAGCAUUAAAAAAAAAAAGUGAAAAUGACACACCUAUCUGUGCAUCAAAAAGAUAAAACACGUACAUUUUUCUUGGGUGCCUUGGUGCUGGAAUCACAAAAGGAUCGAAACUUUUAGAAUAAGAUAAAAGAAGCACACAUCAACAUUUUUGGACUUUGAAUAAUUACAAAAAACAUUAAAAUAUACAUAGUUUGUGCUUUUAAUAUUCUUGCUUAGAGAUACAGAAAUACAGAUAGGAAACUUGUUUUGCCUUUUUUUAGUACUUGCAGUGGUUUGAUUACCACAUAGGAUCCAAAAGUCCUCUCAUAAUUGCUGUAGAAAGGUCUUCCAGUCCUGCAACAGUCCUGCAUUCUACACAACUGUGGCAAUCUAACACAUCUGCAGUGUUGACAAAGGAAAUAUUCAGUUAAUAUUCAGCCACGUUUUAUUGAAGUUGCUUUUAUGGUUUGCACGUACCCAAUGUAACUUUAGAAAUACAACUUUUUGGUGGUAAAUGUUGUAGCUGCGGUUUCAUCGGUUUACCUGUUUUUAUGCAUCUGGCUUCUGACAAACUACAGAACAAAUCUAAAUUAAACAUUGACAUUUUUGCCAUGUUGAAUCACAGCUCGGUGCUUUAACCAGUUUCUGCAUUAGAGUAGCUGUUUUCCACCAACAUCUAUUUGUAACUGCAGGUAGACCUCCAAAAAGUAGAAGUGUAAUGCACGUGGAGUGGAGGCAAAUUAAGCUUUGUUUUGAAAUCAUUUAUGAGCUGUAUCAUCAUGUGGCGGAUCUGGUGACACCCAUUUGCUUUGGUUACUCCCCUUUCUGGACCAAACUGGUUCUGUCAGAAUGUAUUCAUUGAAAGGUGCACAUUUUCCUUUUGAUAUUCUCUUCAAGGUGGUUUUUGUACAGCUUUUUGGUGUAAAGAAAUCGUUGGUGAAAGUUGACUGCCGUCAGGUGUAAAAUAUCUUGUGUCUUCUUUGUGCAAAAAAGAAAGUAAUAAAUUUCAGUGUAUGUAAAGGAA